GACCUAAAAAUAUCAGAACAACAACAACAACCUCAACAAACAAUUGUGUAUUUUGCAUAAGUUUUUUUUCAACAUUGCAAGUCCUAUUAUGAUAAUAUGAAUAAUUAAUUUUGCUUUAAUGCUGUUGAUUAUAUAAUAAACUGAAUAUCGUAAUAAAACAACAUGAUGUGUCAGAUCAGUUGAACACUUUCAGUUAAGCAGAUGUACUCACUCCUCCUGACAGUAAAACUGAAACAUCAGAGUUAACUGCUACAUUGCAGCAAACAACCAUGAAAUAUAAUGUAUGUAUGGUAUCAGACUUCUUCUUCCCGAACCAAGGUGGCGUGGAGAGUCACAUAUACCACGUGUCCCAGUGCCUCAUCAACAGGGGUCACAAGGUCAUAAUUGUCACACACUUCUAUGGCAACCGGAGGGGGGUCAGGUACCUCAAGAAUGGGCUCAAGGUGUACUAUCUACCCUUCCCGACCAUGUAUAACCAGUGUGUUCUGCCCACCAUUCUUACCACCCUGCCCCUGCUGAGAAACAUCUUCAUACGAGAGGACAUCCACAUUGUGCAUGGACAUUCGGCAUUUUCCACUAUGGCCCAUGAAGCAAUGUUCCAUGCACGUAACAUGGGCCUGAAGACCGUGUUCACAGAUCACUCACUGUUCGGCUUCGCUGAUGCAAGCUCCAUUCUCACUAAUAAACUCCUCAAGUUCUCCCUUGCCGACUGCCAUCAUGCAAUCUGUGUGUCCCAUACAAGCAAGGAGAACACUGUGUUACGUGCGGCCAUCAAGCCGGAGACAGUGUCUGUGAUACCGAAUGCAGUAGAGGCCUCCAUGUUUAUACCAGACCCAUCUCAGAGGGACCCUGAUAAAAUCACGGUGGUGGUGGUGAGUCGGCUGGUCUACAGGAAGGGCAUGGAUCUCCUUGCAGGGAUCAUACCUGAGAUCUGCAGGAGGCAUCCCGAUGUACAGUUCAUUAUUGGUAAGGAUUCAUUAUUCAGUUUCAACAAUGAACCAAGUUGA